UCACAGGUCACAGCACACGCAGAGACUUUGGUUUUGGAAUAUCUCGAAGUAUCGCUUCUGUAUGUAGGAACCGGUUUCUCCUUCGUAACCUUGGAACAUGGUGGGACUCUCAUCCACUGCUGCUGCCGAGGCGAUGGAGGUGUUGGUGAGUGAGCUGGGCGUCCUGCUGAAGAUGCUGGACCAAGAGAACCUCAGCUCCCCCACGCAGGAGAAGAAGACCUCCGUGUGGAACCUCCUGCAGCAGAUACAGCCCUCAGUUUCAGGAACGGACUACAUCUACAUGAACUCAGCAGUGUACAGAAAUGGCACCAGCUUCGUAGAGUCCCUCUUUGAGACUUUUGACUGCGAGCUUGGAGACCUAAAGGAUGUUACAGAUGAUCUGAAAGAAGACAAGAACACACAAGCUGACACUUUAAAACAGAACUGUGCAGACUCGCCAGCCCCACACUCAGCAGACUCCCCUCCCCCUCUGCCCACAACGCCUCCUCCCGAGGAGUAUUAUGAGGAGGCAGUGCCCCUCAGUCCUGGCAAGUUGCCCGAGUACAUCAUCACACGAGUCAGACCUAGCCCUCCCAACUCUAUCGAGGAUGGGUAUGAAGAUGCUGAAAACAACUAUCCAACUACUUGCAUAAACACACGCCGCAAAAACUCAUACAAUGACUCCGAUGCCCUGAGUAGUUCCUACGAGUCCUACGAGGAGGAUGAGGAGGAGAGGAGUCCCGACGUCCGACUCACUCAUCAGUGGCCCUCGGAUGAGAGCUCCAUGCCUCCUGCCCGGGACUGUCGAAUCUGUGCCUUCCUGCUGCGCAAGAAACGUUUCGGCCAAUGGUCGAAACAGCUCACUGUCAUACGGGAGAACAGACUACAGUGCUAUAAGAGUUCUAAAGACACAUGCCCCUAUGUGGAUCUGCUGCUGCCCCAAUGCACUGUGGUCUAUGCACCCAAAGACAGCAAGAGGAAGCACCAUGAACUCCGCUUCACUUUGCCCAAUGGAGAUGCACUGGUGCUGGCGGUACAAAGCAAGGAGCAGGCCCACAGAUGGCUUAGGGUUGUUAGAGAGGUGAGCAGUCAGAGCGCAGGGCCUGAGGAAUCUGCGUCUCCCAUCAUUCCAAGAAAAACCGAACUUGACAAGAGGUUAUCUGCAGAGAGGAACGCAUCAGACUCAGAGAGUGUGGGUGUGUCAACUGGAGAGAAUGGCAAGGUGAAACGGGGGGCUUUCGCUGCAGGCCGUAAAAUUACACGUAUCAUCAGCUUCUCCAAGAAGAAGCCCCCGCGGCCAGGAGAUCCCCGGACAUCCUACAGCGACCCUCGAAAAGGCUACGUGUCGGUGCUGGUGAAUCAGGUGUGGAGGGAACAGUGGUGCUGUGUGUGCAAAGGCUCCCUGCACUUCUACCAUGACAAAGGAGACCCUCGGACCUCCCUGCCUUCACUUCCUCUCUACGGCUGCGAGGUGUUCCCGGGGCUGGGACCCAAACAUCCCUUUGCCUUCCGAAUCAUACGGAACUGCUCAGAGGUCGCUGCUCUGGAGGCUAGUAGCUCUGAGGAACUUGGACGGUGGCUCGGCGUCCUCUUGGCUGAGACAGGCUCCGCGACAGAUCCUGAGUCACUGCAUUAUGACUACGUUGACGUGGAAACCAUCGCUAACAUCCGCGACGCUGCGCGGCAUUCCUUCCUGUGGGCCACAUCCUCCAUCAGUACCUCCACAGACUCCAGAACAUAUGAUGAGGUCCCUAAUGAGGACAUGCAGUCAGGGGAGAACCGCAGGCAGCAGUCUGGGAAUCAAGGAAAGCGGCGCUCAAGUUUCUCCAGCAGCGACUCUGACAGAGCCAAGCCUUUAGUCUCCCUCAAACGAACAGGCUCCAACGCCAACCAAUAUGGCAGGUAUGGGAAAACGCGAGCGGAAGAGGAUGCCAAGCAUUACCUGAAAGAGAAAGAGGAGCUGGAAAGAGAGAGGCAUGGGAUACGAAAUGCACUGGUGACCCUCCGGAAGGAGAAGAGCGAGCUGAAGGAAGAGCUGAAGACGGCCUCAGAGAGGAGGAAGUCCUCCCUGAACAAGCGUGUGUCCCAGCUGGAGGACGCCUGUCGAGUUAAAGAAGCGGAGAGGGUAGACCUGGAGCUCCGGCUGACUGAGGUCCAAGAAAACCUCAAGAAGAGCAUGGCCGGUGGAGUGCUGGGCGCUGGGCCUGUUGACGCUAAACCCCCAGUUAAGGCCUCUGGCAAAAAGAAACAGAAUAUCUACAGUGACUCUUUACCAGUAAACUGUGCCGCAGAGAUGCGCCGGAGACCUCUGUCUGUUUAUGCCUCUUCUACAGGAACUGUCAUGCAGAAGGCAAAGGAAUGGGAGUCAAAGAAAGAAGCCAAAGCGCAGCUCCAUAGAGAGGACUGCAGAAAGAAUUAAUGGAUGUCAGGAUCUGAUUACUGUGGCAUGCAAUCCUAUUAGGGAUAACCUUCCACCUACAGUCCAAAGCACAGACUUUUCAAAGGAAAUAAACUGUAAGGAAAGAAAUUGGCCACUAGGUGGAGGUACAUCUCCCUGAAUAUUUACUCUUCCGUCUUCUAAAUGUGAGGAAUCCAAGGACGGCUCAUUGUCUGAAUCCAAGUAUUUUCAUUGUCUUUGGUGACACAGAUUCAAAUGUGGCAAACAGGAAAGUGAGUUUAUAAAAGAAAGACACAAGAAAAGUGAGUUGAAAAGCAGAGUUAAUGCAUAGUGUUGGGAGCGGCUAGGCAACACAGGAUUGUGUUCUCAUCCGGUGUUGCAAAUCAUUAAGGUGUGAAAUGUAAAGUGUUUGGAAACUGCGAGGAAGGAGUCUUUGUGUCAUUUAUAUAAUAUAAUAUUUUUAUUCUGCCUGUACAGAGUGAGCCAUGACUACUGUUGUGUGUGUUUUAUACUUUUAUACUCUUCAAGGAUUAAUUUCUCAUCAUCAUCAUCAUCAUCAUCAUCAUCAUCAUAAGAAAUACCUGUAAACGGUUUUCACUUAUGUGCCAUGGAUGGCUGAGUGAGUUACCUUUUUUAUUUUUUUUAAACUGCACUUAUAAACUUCUUAUCUCAGGUUGAAGUUGUGCUAUACAUCAGAACCAUCUGCUGAAUAAUCCUCCAUCCUGCCCUCUUUGGCAGUUUAAAUACUCCUGAUGGAGAUAAUUGAGUGACUAACACAGUGGUGCCAACCAAUCUUUUUCUGAGGUGUGAAAUCCUCACUAUUAUGUCAUUCUAACAACUUCUCUGCUGAACCUGUGGUCGACUUUUGCACUUUACUGUUCUCCUACCUGGAUAAGGGAAUAAUAAAUGUGUGUCUUAUUCUCAAACAUGUGAUCUUUAAUCAUGUGUUACAAUACAAACCUACAGUACAAUGUGUUCUCAGUCAGUCAUUUAUUAUUUUAAUUUCACAUGGUAUGCUGUGAAGUGAAGUAGAGUAUAUUGGUCUCAUACAAACAAUGUAUGAAAACCAAAACAAGAAAGAAAAAAACACAUCUACAUCAUCGGUCACUUAAUGACGACAACUCAAAGCAACACAGUAUAGUGUGAUGCAGCUCAGGCAGCCUAUUGUUGUAUAACUAGUUGACUCAUCCUCAUUUGUUCUAUGGAAUUGUCAGGAAAUACACAGAUACAGCUUUGUGUUUGUGUAUGUUAAGAUGUUAGUAGCCAUCCAUGUAUACAUGAUCAAUAAUAGCUUUCAAUACAGACUGAUGCAGAGAAGAAUUUCUGGUUCCUAACCCAACUACUAUUCAUCAUUUUGCAGCCCUGUCUGUGGGACAAAAAAGUUUUUUCUUUAAAUAUCUGUGAUACAAAAAGCUUAUGUGUUCAGUUUAGAUCCAGGCAGUGUCAACUGGUAUUGGGUGUGAAAUGAGGAGGUAGAGCAGCUUCAUGGAUGGUGAUGUUAACAAUGCAGCAGCUCAGAGAAAGAGAUAGUAACACCAGUAGAGGAUAUUGACGAAGAGGAACGCUGCGGGGAAAGCGGUGCGAGAGUGGCGAUCAAUGUUGUGCGGAUUUUCCACAGUGAAGACAGCUGCAGCCCUACGUGAUGCGUUCUUCACUGAAGACAGGCCGCAGCCCUGUCGUGACGCCUUCUCCUUUGACCCAGCAUUGUUCCUUGUGUCACUGUUCGCCGACUGCUCGGUGAUCUCCUCUGCAGUGGAGCCGAUCUCCACAGGGUGGUUGGACUGUCUGGAGCUGAUGAAGGGCAUCGAGCCGUUUCCAUUGGAUUCAUUGAGCUCCCUCAGAAGCUCCUGCAUGCACAAUUACAGUGUUUUCAUUAUCUCACAUGUUUAAUAGGAGAACAUUUUAACAAAUAGACAUCACUAUGAAACUUCCCCAAUACAUUUCUUCUAUAAAGACAAUAAUAUUUUGUAUUACAAGUUUUCUGACAUUGGAUGUUUAAAUAUGCAAAUGAGAUGCUAUGUGCUCAUUUGCAUACACUUCUGGAACAUAAGUCUGAACAUUGGAUAAAGGCAAGUUAAGGAAUUAUUGUUUUAUUUGUUGACAUAUUACAGACAAAGGUUUUUAAUAAGGGAAUACUGGAUGUCACUUUGAUUGUCUCCCUAAAUCAGAAAAUACUGUCAAUAUACAAACAAAGUGCUACUACUGAAGUGCAGAUUUCUGUCUCAGUAUAUGGAAAAAAAACUAAUUUGAGAAAACCGACUUGUAUUGUAAAGACAUUAUAGGUGAAGAGGUUUAAACAAAAUGAACUAAUAAAUAUUACUAUGACACUUCCCCAGUUGGUUACUUACAUUAAGACAAUUCUUUUUUUGUAUUACAAAUGUUCUAAAAUAUGUUUAUUUAUGUAAA